CCGAGGAGGUUCGUCGCCGCUCAUAAAAGGCUCUCGGUCCCUUCCUCGCCACCAGUGACCAGCCAUGAAGUCCCUCGUGCUCUGCCUGCUCCUCGCCGGGGCCUUCGCCGCCCCCUCCAGGAAGCCCACCUUCCGCCGCGGUCUGAACAAGAUCGUGGGAGGAACUGACGUCACUCCUGGUGAGCUUCCUUACCAGCUCAGCUUCCAGGACAUUUCCUUUGGCUUCGCCUUCCACUUCUGCGGCGCCUCCAUCUACAACGAGCAGUGGGCCAUCUGCGCCGGUCACUGCGUCCAGGGCGAGGACAUGAACAACCCCGAUUACCUUCAGGUUGUUGCUGGAGAGCACAACAAGAAUGUGGAUGAGGGCAACGAGCAGACCAUCAUCCUGUCCAAGAUCAUCCAACACGAGGACUACAACGGUUUCUCCAUCAGCAACGACAUCUCCCUGCUCAAGCUGUCUCAGCCUCUGACCUUCAACGACUACGUGGGCCCCAUUGCCCUUCCCGAAGCAGGUCAUGCUGCCUCUGGUGAAUGCAUCGUGUCCGGCUGGGGAACCACCAGCGAGGGAGGAAGCACCCCCAGUGUCCUCCAGAAGGUGUCCGUUCCCAUCGUGUCUGACGCCGAAUGUCGCGAUGCUUAUGGCCAAAACGACGUUGAGGACUCCAUGAUCUGUGCCGGAGUGCCCGAGGGCGGCAAGGACUCGUGCCAGGGUGACUCUGGCGGCCCCAUGGUUUGCUCUGACACCGGCUCCCCCUACCUGGCCGGCAUCGUGUCCUGGGGCUACGGCUGUGCCCGUCCCAACUACCCCGGCGUCUACGCCGAAGUUGCUUACUUCGUUGACUGGGUCCUGGCUAAUGCUGUCUACUGUGGAUACUUCAUUACAUUCCCUGCCCCAAACACAACCCUUGAUGAUGAAGAUAAGCUUCAUCAGCAGUUCGGGAAUCCCUUAAUCUGCAGUCCCAUGAAGUCCCUCGUGCUCUGCCUGCUCCUCGCCGGGGCCUUCGCCGCCCCCUCCAGGAAGCCCACCUUCCGCCGCGGUCUGAACAAGAUCGUGGGAGGAACUGACGUCACUCCUGGUGAGCUUCCUUACCAGCUCAGCUUCCAGGACAUUUCCUUCGGCUUCGCCUUCCACUUCUGCGGCGCCUCCAUCUACAACGAGCAGUGGGCCAUCUGCGCCGGUCACUGCGUCCAGGGCGAGGACAUGAACAACCCCGAUUACCUUCAGGUUGUUGCUGGAGAGCACAACAAGAAUGUGGAUGAGGGCAACGAGCAGACCAUCAUCCUGUCCAAGAUCAUCCAACACGAGGACUACAACGGUUUCUCCAUCAGCAACGACAUCUCCCUGCUCAAGCUGUCUCAGCCUCUGACCUUCAACGACUACGUGGGCCCCAUUGCCCUUCCCGAAGCAGGUCAUGCUGCCUCUGGUGAAUGCAUCGUGUCCGGCUGGGGAACCACCAGCGAGGGAGGAAGCACCCCCAGUGUCCUCCAGAAGGUGUCCGUUCCCAUCGUGUCUGACGCCGAAUGUCGCGAUGCUUAUGGCCAAAACGACGUUGAGGACUCCAUGAUCUGCGCCGGAGUGCCCGAGGGCGGCAAGGACUCGUGCCAGGGUGACUCUGGCGGCCCCAUGGUUUGCUCUGACACCGGCUCCCCCUACCUGGCCGGCAUCGUGUCCUGGGGCUACGGCUGUGCCCGUCCCAACUACCCCGGCGUCUACGCCGAAGUUGCUUACUUCGUUGACUGGGUCCUGGCUAAUGCUGUCUAA